UUUGGCGGGAAAACAUAGAAAAGUGCGGUUAUGUGUUAGUAUCUGAAUUUGCAUUGCGAGGUGAUCCAAAAUCAUGGGUAUCACUGGAUUAAUCCCUUUCUUGGAGAAAUCUUCUCGCCCAUUGAAUUUGAGGGAGAUCCGUGGGACAAUAGUAGCUGUGGACACAUACUGUCUGCUGCACAAAGGAGCUUAUUCAUGCUCCGACAAGCUUGCUCGUGGCGAGGAAACUAAUCUCCAUAUUCAGUAUGUGCUGAAAUAUGUGAAGAUGCUCCUACAGUACAAGAUAAAACCAAUAAUGGUAUUUGAUGGGCGUCACUUGCCUGCUAAAGCACUGACCGAAGAACGUCGUAGAGAAUCCCGGAAGCAAGCACGCAUUCUGGCUGGAAAAUUCCUGAGAGAGGGCAAUGUUGAACAAGCACGAAGUCAAUUUCGUCGUUGUGUGGACAUCACACACGAAAUGGCUCUGGAAGUGAUGAAGGAGUGUCGGAAGAUUAAGGUGGAUUCAAUAGUAGCACCCUACGAGGCAGAUGCUCAGCUGGCUUUCUUCAAUUUGUCCGGAAUUGCUGAGUACAUCGUGACUGAGGAUUCUGAUUUGUUGCUCUUUGGCUGUUCCAAGAUUCUCUUCAAGCUGGAUCUGGCUGGAAAUGCACUCUUUGUGGAUGCCAGCAAACUCCACGUUUCGAUGGGAUGUCGCCUUGAGAAGUUUACCUUUGACAAAUUCAGAAAUAUGUGCAUCCUCUCUGGAUGUGACUACUUGGAUUCUCUGCCUGGUAUCGGAUUGGCUAAAGCAUGUAAGUUUUUCCUGUUGACAGAGGAGACAGAUCUCAGGAGGGCUCUGCCGAGGGUUCCAUCCUACCUAAAAUUGAAGAAUCUUACCGUAAGUCCGGAAUAUAUUGAGCAGUUUCUUCAGGCUGUGGCCACAUUCAAGCACAUGUGGGUCUUUGAUCCUAUCACGAGGAAAAUGGUGCGUCUGCAGGAGCCUGAGACGGAUUUCUCCUCGGAACUCCUGCAAAAUGCCGGAGAAGAGCUAAGCAGGAGUGUUGCUUUUCAACUUGCUCUGGGCAAUCUUGAUCCCUUUACCCUGCAGUCUGUUGACAAUUGGAAUCCAGAUACUGAUGCUGGAGAUAGUCGAAGUAUUUGGCACAGGUCUGGAUAUUCAGUUGCCUCGCCGAAGAAGAGAUCUCGCCAUGUAGAAGUUCUCAAAGCGCGAAAUCACUGUGUUCAGGAAGAAAAGACUCAUCAAAAUUUGGCUAGCAUUUAUUUGACAGAAUCCCAAACGGAUGUUUCGAGUCCGGAGAAAACCUCGCCGAAGGCUUUCUCUCCAUCCUCAAGGAAAAAUCCCUUUCGCCUGGACAGAUCUGCGGAAUCCUUAGAAGUCGAAGUAUCCCCUUCGUAUGUGUCGAAUGUAAUGAAAGCCUCGAGUUCUGACUCGGAAUCCGGUCAGGAAGCUUCCAAGGGUCCUCGGAAGUUGAGUAAAUUCUGUCGAACUGUGCUCAACAAUCAGCAAAAUGUCGUUAGUAGAUUCUUCUAUUCCGGAUCUGGAAUUCUCAGUACCCAGUCUGAAAUGCAGCCUACGAAUGAAAAGACCCCUGAAAAGACUGCAGCUCCUCAACAUCUCCUCGAUAUUUAUGGACAGGAAGAGAUUACCACGGCAAUUCGGCAGAAUCUCCUGGCAGUCUUUGAGGAAAAUGAGGAGAAUCAAUUUAUCGAGAAACCUGUUGCCGUUCAAGAGUUUAAAUCCCCACCCAGAAAGAUGCCCAGGAUUGAUACUGCCCCAAAAGUGCCUUGUCGGGUGUCUGGACUAAAGAAAGCUGCUACUGAUCCCAAAAAGUUGGUUCAGAGUACCCUCAGUAAGUUUGGAUUUGUUAGGAAGUGACAAAAUGAAUUUUAAUGGAAGGAACAUUCAUGCAAUAAAUAAUACCACACUCUUUACAAUUU